ACCUUAAAUAUCAGACCAAAAACACACCACAAUGUCUAUACCAGGACACGAUUUUUCAGCAAAAGAACGAACUGUUGACGUAAUUACUAAUGAAAAUGUCAGUUUCAAAGACUUAUUGAUUUCACAUAAUGUUUUAUCAGGGCUGCAGAAAUCAAGAUUCGAAAGGCCAUCUCCGAUACAGUUAAAAGCAAUCCCAUAUGGACGAUGCGGUCUCGAUCUAAUAGUACAAGCAAAGUCUGGAACUGGGAAAACCUGUGUGUUUACUGUUAUUGCCCUGGAAGCUAUUUCCACUGACGCCCCAACUUUGCAAGUUUUGAUACUUGCCCCAACAAGAGAAAUUGCCGUACAAAUAGAGGAUGUUAUUAAAGCUGUCGGGCAAGAUGUCAAAGGUCUUAAAGUGGCUGCUUUCAUUGGUGGACGACCACUCAGCGAGGAUAAACUGAAUGCUAGAGGGUGUCAUAUUGUGGUUGGAUCCCCUGGGCGGAUAUUCCAACUUAUUGAACUGGAGAUUUUAAAAUGUCAAAAUGUGAGAAUCUUUGUUUUAGAUGAAGCUGAUAAACUCUUGGAAGAUAAUUUCCAAACACAGAUUAAUUCCAUUUAUUCAAUGCUACCAGAAAAUAAACAAAUGAUAGCGGCAUCUGCAACUUAUCCUGAGGAACUGGCAGAAUUUGUGACACUAUACAUGCGUGACCCCUUUAUACGUCUGAACCCAAAAGACAUGGCUCUUUUGGGUGUCAAACAGUAUUAUUGCUUAAUGAUGACCCACCAGACAAUUUUAUUCUCGUUUGAAUGUAAAAUUAAGGCUGUAGUUAACCUUCUAAAAAUAUACCCAUUCCAACAAACAUUGAUUUUUUCAAAUUAUCAUUCGCAUGCAAAAGAUUUGUCUGAUGCUUGCAACAGUGCUGGGCUACCUUCCACUUAUAUAUCUGGAAAUCUAGAGCAAGAACGUAGACUUGAAGCGAUGAAAAUGUUGAAAGAGUUUAAAUGUAGAGUUUUGAUUUCUACCGACUUGACUGCAAGGGGGAUAGAUGCGAGUAAUGUUGACUUGGUUGUGAAUUUGGAUGUUCCAGCGGACUGGGAAACUUAUAUGCAUAGAACUGGCAGAGCGGGACGUUUUGGAUCGCACGGAGCAGUGAUUUCAAUUGUUACUUCUGGUGCAGAAAUUGAAGAAUUGCUCGGAAUUUCAAAGACUUGUGGCGUCACCCUUUUUUCUCUUAAAUGUGAAUCUGGAAAAAUUAUCAUCGAAAAUGAACAAAAUAAUUUUACUGCCAAUGGUAAUACAAAGAAUAAAAACCUAUCAAGCUCUUCUGGCGACCCCAAAUUGGAAGUUGAGAAAGCUCCACAUAAUGUACCAAGAUUGGGGGCCGAAAAUACCAAAAUGAGUGCUAGAAAAACCGAUGCAUCCAAUCCUAGUGCUGUUUCCGAAGACGUAGACUUCCCAAGAAUACCGUCUUUACCAGAGUUAAUGAACAAAGGCCAGGAAUCAAAAAACCACCAAUACUCUUAUAAAUAUACCGAUAUUUUGCAAAAUUUGAAAGAUUAUAUGAAAGACGGAGUUUUUAAAGAGUUUAAACGAAUUGAACCAACAACACAACAAGAUGAAAUUUCAAAAAAUGAGAAAUUCAAAGAACAAGAAUCUUUAUCCACUGUCUUUCACCACCUUAAUCUUCAAGACAAUCCACCAGGUGUCUUCAACACAAUUGUUACCAAGCAACAAAUCCAGCAAGGUCAAAGGUCAAGGAACCAAGAUUCUGAAGAAGCAAGUUCAGAUGAUUCUUAUGAAUACAGUGACAUCUCAAACGAGUCUGAACGAGAACAAUCCAAGCUUAUUAAAAAUAAAGUCAAAAUGAAAACAAUUUCUGAUAAAAAAGUCAAGCCGGGAAAACUACAUCCAAAAAAGGAUGAUUCUACUCAAAAUAAUUAUCAGAUGAAUGAACAAGUUAAACGAAAAAGUGAAACCAAAAUUAAAAAGAAAAAAUCUUCACAAGAUAAAAAAGAACAACAACAUGAUAGAAAAGGAAAGUCGUCCAGGAAAAAGAAAAGUCACCAAGAACAGGGUGGUCGCGACCCCACAUUUUUAUUGCCCCGAUAUGCUGGAGAUCACAAGUUUGAUGAGGAUAUGUCUAAGUUUCAUUAUCUGAUGCAAGCGCAAAGACAAUAUGAAAUGUCUUGGUAUAAUUAUCAUUACUGGAAACGCUGGUAUGAUACUCAAGUUAUGUCAAACUUUGCGAAUAAUUCUUAGCACAAUUGAUAAUUUGCUCAGUUUAAUAAAUUAAUAACAUUGUGAA